AUGCUUGCAACGAACGAACCGGUAGCUGAUGUCGACUCCGGCCGCAAACUUGGGAGACUUCCUUCGAGUAUUGAUGGCAGUGCAGGCUGUGAUCCUGACAUCGAGCCACACAACCCGCUGCUCGAUGUUGUUGACAAUCCGACGCUCGACGAUAUGUCUGAGUCCGAAGCACGAACACGAUUGGCUGCCUUACUCGAGAAAUUUUCUGAUGUGUUCGUAGAUUCGUUACCGAUGGACCAACUCCCACCGUACCUGCCAGUCAACCACGAGAUCCCGUUGAUCGAUCCCACCGAAAAGGUCAAACCCCGGGUGUACCCCCUUGCCGACAAAUAUCUCAGCCAGUGGGCGGAACACUCAGCUAACUACACUCGUGGUCAAUUCUGGGUUUCGGGUCCGAUCGAUUCUGCGGCUCCGGUCUUUGCCAUUCCGAAGAAGAACUCCCAGACGGCUUGUUUUGUGAUCGAUCUCCGCGCACGCAACAGCAACACCGUCAAGCGUUUUUCGCCCAUCCCGGACAUGACCAAUGUUCGAUACGAGGUGGCUCGAUCACGUUAUCGCUCUAAAUUCGACGUGGCCGCGGCAUUUGAGCAGGUUCGGGUCAUACCGGAGCACGUCGAUCGCACCGGUUUCGCAACAGUGAUGGGCACGUACACGUCGCGGGUCAUGCAGUUUGGUGACACCAAUGCGCCCAAUACCCUCAACCUCUUGACCUCGGCGAUGUUCCAGCCGUGUCUCCCGUUCGCCAAGAUCUUUUUCGACAAUGUCCACGUCCAUUCCGAUACCCGUCGCGCGCACUUGAGACACAUCAAGAUCCUGCUGAUGACAUUGAGACAUUACCGGUUCUACUUAGGAUCCAAGAAGUCCGAGUGGUUCUCAAAGUCGUUGGAUUCCUCGGGCACCAUCAUUUCCGACGUUGGCAUCGAAGUCGACCCCGCCAAGUGGGAGCGUAUCCGUCAGUGGCCGAUCCCUUGCAACAAGACCGAUGUCCAGCGCUUCCUCGGCACCGUCAACUGGAUGCGAGAUCACCUACCGCACCUCUCAAAGAUUUUGGAGCCGAUCACCGCGUUAAUGGCGCAAGCGACGUCAUGGCGUUGGAACGAGCGAGAACAGCAGGCUUUUGAUACCGUCAAGUCUCUUGUGCCCGCCAUCCUACGACCGAUCGAUGGCGCCAAGGUUACCUCGGGCGAGCACAAGAUGUACCUCUUCACGGAUGCCAGUCGGGUUGGCAUUGGCGCUUGUUUGGCGUCCGGUCCCAACCGUUUGCAGGCCGUUCCAACGCGAUUCUUUUCCACUAAGUUCAAUGGCGCUCAGCUCAACUAUCAUGUCACUGAUAAAGAGUUCUUGGCUGUCGUCUCAGUGUGUCGGGUGUUCGAGCAGCACUUGAUCGGUUACCCCUUUGUCAUCGUCACCGACUAUCAGGCCCUUCGCACGAUAAAAACCCAAAAACUGCGCCAAACGCCUCGGCACAUCCGCAUGUGUCUCGAACUCAGCCGUUUCGACUUCGAAUUUGAAUUCAUUGCUGGCAAGAACAACACCCUGGCCGAUUCGUUGUUGCGUCUGUGGGAGGUCAAGGAGGGAUCGCACGAGGAUCAGGUCAAGGAGAAUGAGUUGGAGGACAUGUUCUUUGAUGGAGAACACCACGAAUUCACUACACCCGGUGAGAGUCUCCUCGAGGAACGUCCUUGCACUUCACCAUCUCCCGAUCGGUUGCCUCCUGUUGAUUUUGCCCUCGGGCCCCAACACGACGAUUGCGAGGCAGGCUCUCCCGGAUACUACGCGCUCAAGGAGGAAUUGCAAGACGAGGACGUGAAUGGACAGGAAUUAGGGAAUUUGUUCUUGAAGGAAGAAUGCCACGAGUUCACUACACCCGGUGAGAGUCUCCUCGAGGAACGUCCUUACACCUCACCUUCGCAUGAUCGGUUGCCCCCUGUUGAUUGCGCCUUCGGGCCCUGGGGUCACGGUUACGACGCAGGCUCUCCCGGUUCCCCUCAUCUGGUCGAGAACAUUAUGGACGCCGUCGAUUCGUCUAUCGGCCGCCUCUCUCCUCCCAUCGCUGUCAAUCGAGUUCACGCUAUCGCUGCGGCCCCCGCCAACGACCCGCCCAUUCCGGUCGAUGCCGACGCUGACGAACUCGAUUUGUUGGGAGUCGCCACCGAUGACGUCAACGACACCCCUGUAGUCCAUCGGCCGCCUGAUCCACUGCCCCAACCCUUCCUCGACACCGUCAUCCGAGCAUACACCAACGAUUCGCAAGCCCAGGUCAUCAUUACCGACCCGCUAUCAUGGCCUAUGUUUCGGGUGACCGAGGAAGGGAGGAUCUGUAAAGAGUCCACUCUCAGCUCGACAGGGGCGCCUCGGUCGUUGCGCGCACUUGCUAGCCCGCCCCCCGGCGGUGGGGACUUAGGCGCGCCGGCGAUUUCACCCGCGGCUGACUUAGGGAUGUACAUUGUCACGCGCCUGGGCCUAUCCCAGCGUGGCCCCCUUUCUGUUUCUUAGCUUCCUUCUCAUCACUUCUGUUUGACUCUCAACCUCUCCUGACAGUAG